GCUCUACUCUCAGUACAUCGUUGUUUGUAACCGAGAACACAACACAGACACCGGAAAAUAACAAAAUCGGAAACUAACAACCGGCAGAGCCCGGCAAGUCGUACGUUAAGUUGACUCCCAACGAACGGUGAUCAUGGGAUCCCAUGAUGCAUUGCGUCCGCGUAGUAGCCCGGUCCCCUUGGCCAUGACCUCUGGCAUUUCGUAUGUGCAAUGCCAGAAUCUCAAGUACAAUGUCAUAAUCAUGGGCUGGCUGAGUGUGAUCUUCUCGAGCGUCUUCCUCUUCAGCUCGGUUCUGACCAUGCAUCUGCAGCCGGACAUUGAGCUGCUGUUCGCACAAUGGCCCUUCAAUCUGGUCCCAGUGUCGGAGCAGCAGUUAACGAUCAAGUUGUUGGAUAUCUUUAGCUCCUUGGCGUACGGGCUGUCGUUGAUCAACAUGGGCGCCAGUAUGCUGCUGCUCAUUGGUAUCGCCCGGGACUCAAGUGGCUUAAUGUAUCCCUGGUUGAUCUGUCAUGGCGUUAGCUUUGGCUUUGCUCUAUAUUUGGGUGUUUUCUAUGUGACCGCAGGCUUGUUUAUUGACCUUUCUACAUUUUUAAUGUGUCUCUUGGUGUUUACACUUGUUUUGGUAAUUUACUACAAGAUCUAUCACGAGGUUUUCACCCUAUUCCGUGUAAUGGAGCAGCAGUUGAAGGACAGGGCUUUGGGCGGAGUAGGAGGAAGUGUCUUCUACCAGGAUGCCGAGGGUGCAUGGCCUGCAGCUGGGAUUCCCUAUCAGCAGCUCUAUCUGCCGCGUCUGCCACUCAAACAAUAACUAACUAGCAACAUCCUCUGCACAGAGAAGACCAAGUAACUGCAGAAAUUGAUGGCUUCAUAAAUUUUUCAAGACGUUUGUUUUGGUUAAUAAACGUUCUUCGACGUGUUUUUCUAACUUCA